CAUAUUGAAAUGUUAUUUUGUGUUACACUUUUAAUAAAAGAUUGAUUUAUGUGUCCUGAAACAUUUGAGUGAGACAAUCCUGAUGUAGCAUUUUAGACCUAAAAAUUUAGUAAACAGAAUGAAAACCCUUUUGUCGCAACCUGAAACUACAAAUCAAAUUUGCCAAAAAAAUUUCCCAUCAUCGAAUACUGUGAGAAUUUAUUUUUUUAAUAUUUUAUCUGCAGAUGUAACGAGGGACAAUUACUUAGUUGGCUGUAGAAACCUUGAGUUUCUUUUACAUACUGAGUCAGUGAUAGAAUUUGCUUGUAAUGACAAAAUAUUUCACUGUGUCACAGUCAAGUUCUAUUUUUUGAGAUGGUGGAGAAGAUUUAUAGCUCAGGUGAAUGAUUUUGAUAGAGUUUUGUUCGCCGAGAUGGAUGGUUAGGUCUAGCUCAAAAAAUAAAACUAUUUUUUUAUUGUAUCG